ACAUUGAAUGAAAUUUGAGUUUUUCAUCAAAACAAAAACGAAAAAAACUGAAGGAUACUUUCGGACAACGUAAACAAAAGCCAAAUGAGUGACAAGUCCACACCUGUUGCUGUGGAAGAAGUCUAUGAGGCCAGCGAAAGAAUCAAAGACUUCGUUCAUCGGACGCCAGUUUUGACAUGCCAGGCGAUCGACUCGAUUGCGAAAAAGGAAGAUCUAGUUUUCAAGGCAGAAUGCUUUCAAAAAACAGGAGCCUUCAAAGCCCGUGGAGCUUGUAACGCGGUUUUCUUGGAGAAGGAGAGAAACCCCGACAGUCCUGGAAUUGUAACUCACAGCAGUGGUAAUCAUGCCCAAGGUGUUGCAUAUGCUGCAAAAUGUGCAGGAUUAAGUUGUAGUGUUGUAAUACCACGUGAUGCCCCAAAAAUUAAGUGUGAUGCAAUAAGGGGCUAUGGAGCAGAACUAAUAUUUUGUGAGCCUUCAUAUACAUCCAGAAUUGAUGUAUGUGCUAAGGUGGCAUCAGAAACUGGGAAGACUAUUAUUCACUCAUCAGAAAACUGUGAUGUUAUUGCUGGGCAAGGUACUGUUGCUUUGGAAUUUUUGGAAGAGGUUCCUGAUCUAGAUGCCAUCUUGGUGGCCACUAGUGGUGGAGGCAUGUUAGCAGGUGUUUCAUUAACAGCUAAAGCAAUUCAGCCAAGUUGUCAAGUUUAUGCUGUUGAGCCAGUGGGCAAAGAGUUACAAAAAUCCUUAGAGGCCAAGGAACGUCUCUGGACAGAUCCUCCUAAAUAUCUUGACACGGUUGCAGAUUCUAUCAGGUUGCAAGCAGUUGGUGACACAGUUUUCCCAAUCAUAUGCAAGCAUGCAGAACCCAUGGUAUUUACCAUUACUGAUGACCAGAUGAUUGAGGGAAUGAAGCUCAUAUUUGAACGCAUUAAGGUUGUUGUAGAACCAGCGGCUGGAGCUGGGGUUUAUGCUGCCGUUAACUGUUUGGAGAGCAUUGUACCACCACUCCAGAAAGUUGGAGUUAUCCUUUGUGGUGGAAAUGUUGACCCAGAUGCCCUUCCAUGGAGCACCUGAACACUGGAGGAUUGAGACUUGCCAAACAUUUAGUUUGCAGUGUAAGAUGUACACUUGAGUCAGAAGGCAGUGAAAUAGAAAAAAUUCAUAUUUUCAUUAUGCCAUUUAUUUUAAAAAAAUAUAUUGAUAGUUUUAGUGAUCACUAAUCAUUUCAUUUAACAAAUAAGCUUGAGUAUCACAUGAAGCUUAUGGGGACAUGUAACACAAAUUUAAAGAUGUGCAAUAAAAUGUGUAUACAGAUUG